AUGGCUCCCCUAGGGCUGGGGGCUGGGGGCCGGGUGGAAGAGGAUCCCAAGUUCUGCUUGGUCAUCAAAGAGGGCCUGCAAGCUAAGGAGCUUAAUUCCGUCGCUUCCGAGCUGUCUGCACGGCAGGAGGAGAGUGAACAUUCUCAUAAACAUUUAAUUGAACUCCGCCGGGAAUUUAAGAAAAAUGUACCUGAGGAAAUCAGAGAGAUGGUGGCUCCUGUAUUAAAAAGCUUCCAAGCUGAGGUGGUGGCUCUUAGUAAGAGAAGUCAGGAGGCCGAAGCCGCUUUCCUGAGUGUUUACAAGCAAUUAAUUGAAGCACCAGACCCUGUGCCUGUGUUUGAGGUGGCACGCAGCCCAGACGACAGACUGCAGCCCCCCAGCUUCGACCCCAGUGGGCCCCUGCGGCGAGAGCUCCACGCUUCGUGGAAGAGACACCCUGAGCUCGUCGGCACCAAAGAGCAGAGAGAGGGGACGUCACCAGCCGGGCCCACGCUGACUGAGGCGAGCCGCCUCCCAGGCAUUCCCAGCAAAGCCCUCCUGACAGAAACUUUGCUGCAGAGAAAUGAGGCAGAGAAACAAAAGGGCCUUCAAGAAGUACAGAUCACUUUGGCAGCCAGACUGGGGGAAGCCGAGGAGAAGAUCAAGGUCCUACAUUCAGCGUUAAAGGCCACGCAGACAGAGCUGUUGGAACUGCGGCGGAAGUACGACGAGGAGGCGGCGUCCAAGGCAGAUGAAGUCGGCCUGAUCAUGACCAACCUGGAGAAAGCUAAUCAGCGAGCCGAGGCUGCCCAACGGGAGGUGGAAAGUCUUCGGGAACAACUCGCCUCCGUCAACAGCUCCAUCCGCCUGGCCUGCUGCUCUCCUCAGGGACCCAGUGGGGAUAAGGUGAACUUCGCGCUGUGCUCGGGCCCUCGGCUGGAGGCUGCCCUGGCCUCCAAGGACCGGGAGAUCCUGCGGCUGCUGAAGGAUGUGCAGCAUCUCCAGAGCUCCCUGCAGGAGCUGGAGGAGACCUCCGCCCACCAGAUCGCAGACCUGGAGCGGCAGCUCACCGCCAAGUCCGAGGCCAUCGAGAAGCUAGAAGAGAAGCUCCAGGCACAGUCUGACUAUGAGGAAAUUAAAACAGAGCUGAGCAUCCUGAAAGCCAUGAAGCUGGCCUCCAACACCUGCAGCCUCCCCCAGGGCAUGGCCAAGCCCGAAGACUCACUGCUCCUGGCAAAGGAGGCCUUCUUCCCUGCGCAGAAAUUCCUUCUGGAAAAGCCCGGUCUUUUGGCCAGCCCUGAGGAGGACCCUUCGGAGGAUGAUUCCAUCAAGGACUCUCUGGGCACGGAGCAGUCCUACCCGUCCCCUCCACAGCUCCCACCACCACCAGGGCCUGAAGACCCCCUGUCCCCCAGCCCAGGGCAGCCCUUGCUGGGCCCCAGCCUGGGUCCCGAUGGCCCUCGGACUUUCUCGCUGUCCCCCUUCCCCAGCCUGGCUUCAGCAGAGAGACUGACAGGGGAGACACUGCUGUCCAAGCACAUGAUGCCCCCGACUACCUUCAAGGGGGAAGCGGGAGGUCUGCUAGUGUUCCCCCCAGCUUUCUAUGGCGCCAAGCCCCCCACGGCCCCUGCUACCCCAGCCCCUGGCCCUGAGCCGCCCGGGGGUCCUGAGCCAGCAGAGGGGGGCGGGGGCAGCAUGGCCACGGCAGGGGCUGGAACAGAGGAGGAGCAGCUGGACACGGCGGAGAUCGCCUUCCAGGUGAAGGAGCAGCUGCUCAAACACAACAUCGGGCAGCGGGUGUUCGGCCACUACGUGCUGGGGCUGUCCCAGGGCUCGGUCAGCGAGAUCCUGGCCCGGCCCAAGCCCUGGCGCAAGCUUACGGUGAAGGGCAAGGAGCCCUUCAUCAAGAUGAAGCAGUUCCUAUCGGACGAGCAGAACGUGCUGGCCCUGAGGACCAUCCAGGUGCGGCAGCGAGGCAGUAUCACCCCAAGAAUCCGCACGCCAGAGACCGGCUCGGAUGACGCCAUCAAGAGCAUCCUAGAGCAGGCCAAGAAGGAGAUCGAGUCACAGAAGGGGGGGGAGCCCAAGAACUCAGCAGCCCCACUGAGCAUCACCAACGGCACAGCCCCCGCCAGUACCACCUCGGAAGAUGCCAUCAAGAACAUUCUGGAGCAAGCACGCCGCGAGAUGCAAGCGCAGCAGCAGGCCCUGCUGGAGAUGGAGGCCGGCGCCCGGGGCCGCUCGGUGCCUCCCUCGCCCCCAGAGCGGCACUCACUGGCGGCCGUAAGCCAGAACGGGGCCCCAACGCCCGUCAAACAGGAGGACAGCGGUGUCGGCAGCGGGGGGACCAGCAGCAGCGGCACGCAGACCUCCCUCACGGUCCUGUCCCCCGCCGCCUUCGUGCAGAGCAUCAUCCGGAAGGUCAAGUCGGAGAUCGGCGACGCCGGCUAUUUCGACCACCACUGGGCCUCGGACCGCGGCCUGCUCAGCCGCCCGUACGCCUCUGUCUCGCCCUCACUCUCCUCCUCCUCCAGCUACUCCGGCCAGCCCAAUGGGCGGGCCUGGCCUCGUGGGGACGAGGCCCCUGCUGUCCCCGAGGACGAAGCGGCCGGGAGCGAGGACGAGCCCCCCAGAGUGGGUGAGCUCAAGGCCGAGGGGGGCGGCCCUGAAGGGGGCGGCGGUGGGCGGCUGGCCUACUACCCAGCCUACGUGCCCCGCACGCUGAAGCCCACCGUGCCGCCCCUGACCCCCGAGCAAUACGAGCUGUACAUGUACCGCGAGGUGGACACCCUGGAGCUGACGCGCCAGGUCAAGGAGAAGCUGGCCAAGAAUGGAAUCUGCCAGAGGAUCUUCGGGGAGAAGGUGCUGGGCCUGUCACAGGGCAGUGUGAGCGACAUGCUGUCCCGGCCGAAGCCGUGGAGCAAGCUGACGCAGAAGGGGCGGGAGCCCUUUAUCCGCAUGCAGCUGUGGCUCUCGGACCAGCUUGGCCAGGCCGUGGGCCAGCAGCCCAGCGCCUCCCAGGUCAGUCCCACUGAACCAAGAUCCUCGCCAUCCCCACCCCCUAGUCCCAUGGAGCCACCAGAGAAGAGCUCCCAGGAGCCCCUGAGUCUGACACUGGAGAGCAGCAAGGAGAACCAGCAGCCAGAGGGACGCUCCAGCUCAUCACUGAGUGGGAAGAUUUACUCGGGCAGCCAGACCACAGGGGGCAUCCAGGAGAUUGUGGCCAUGUCCCCCGAGCUGGACACGUACUCCAUCACCAAGAGGGUCAAAGAGGUCCUCACAGACAACAACCUAGGGCAGCGGCUCUUCGGGGAGAGCAUCCUAGGGCUGACCCAGGGCUCCGUGUCUGACCUGCUCUCCCGCCCCAAACCCUGGCACAAGCUGAGCCUGAAGGGCCGGGAGCCCUUUGUGCGCAUGCAGCUGUGGCUCAACGACCCCCACAACGUGGAGAAGCUGAGAGACAUGAAGAAGCUGGAGAAGAAAGCCUACCUGAAGCGCAGGUACGGCCUCAUCAGCGCUGGCUCAGACAGUGAGUCUCCAGCCACCCGCUCCGAGUGCCCCAGCCCCUGCCUGCAGCCCCAAGACCUGAGCCUCCUGCAGAUCAAGAAGCCCCGAGUGGUGCUGGCCCCCGAAGAGAAGGAGGCGCUGAGGAAGGCCUACCAGCUGGAGCCCUACCCCUCCCAGCAGACCAUUGAGCUCCUCUCCUUCCAGCUCAACCUCAAGACCAACACCGUCAUCAACUGGUUCCACAACUACAGGUCCCGGAUGCGCCGGGAGAUGUUGGUGGAGGGGACCCAAGAGGAACCAGACCUCGACCCCAGUGGGGGUCCUGGCAUCCUACCACCAGGCCACUCCCACCCAGACCCCACCCCACAGAGCCCCGACUCGGAGGCUGAGGACCAGAAGCCUACGGUGAGGGAACUAAAGCUUCAGGAGGGUCCCGAGGAGAGCGUCACCCACCUGACCUCCCAGGAGAAGACUCCAGUGAGGAUUAAGCAGGAACAGACUGAGGAGGCCGAGGAACAAGCCGGCAGCCAGGACUCAAAGGAGCCGGACAAAGGCCAAGGCUCCCCCCAAGAGGUGCAUCCUGACCCUCUGGGUGACGACGGACUCCCCAAAGCAGCCCCAGGGCUCCUCCUCCCAGGCGGGACCACCCCAGCCUGCCCCUCGCUACACCCCCUCCCGGAGAGUGAGGGCGGGGAGCGGCUACACCCGGACCCCCUAAGCUUUAAGUCCGCCUCAGAGUCCUCCCGCUGCAGCCUGGAGGUGUCGCUGAACUCGCCCUCGGCCGCCUCCUCGCCGGGCCUCAUGAUGUCCGUGUCGCCUGUCCCUUCCUCCUCAGCCCCCAUCUCCCCAUCCCCACCCAGCACCCUGCCUGCCAAGGUGCUGAGUGCCAGCCCCACCGCCGACACAACCGGGGCCUUGCACCCCAGCACCAAGGUGAACCCCAACUUGCAGCGGCGGCACGAGAAGAUGGCCAACCUGAACAGCAUCAUCUACCGGCUGGAGAGGGCUGCCAAUCGGGAGGAGGCCCUGGAGUGGGAGUUCUGAAGGUGGAGGCGAGGGGCGCGCCGGGGGGCCACCGGCUCUCCCAGACAGGAUGGGGCCUGGAAGGGAGGCGCUGGGGCAGCCAUCACAGCGUGGACAGCAGCGUUACGGCCCCGCCGUUUUCCGUUUUUGUUGUAACCUGAGCUCUACGAAGUCACGAGUGAGCAGGUAGGGCCGGAGCCCCUGCCGCCUCUUUACAACUCCCCCCUGCCCCAGGGAGCACCAUCUUCUCCCUGCUGGCCUCUCUACCAGAGGCAGAAGCAAAGUGGAGCCACAUUUUCACUUGGAAGCUCCAAACUCUUUUAGAAAAAUAAAUAUUUAUAGACCACUUUUAGAUAUUUUAAUAAAGGAUCCUUUGGAAUUUAUUCCCAGCUAAUGCUGUUUUGAUAUUAACAGAGAGUUAUAAAAUCAGGAUGCUGUCACAACUGUUGCGAAGUAUACACUGAAGUUGUGUCGUUUUUUUUGCCACUAGAUGAGAUUAAAAGGAGAGAAUUGUUCAAAGCCAUCACAAAACACUAAGACUGACCAAAAUCUAGAUAACCUUUGAACCGCGGUUCGUUUUUUUCCAUGUCUGUCUGUGAGACACAGUGCAUUGCUACUGCCCUUCCAGAAACCAUGUUGAAAAGACAAAGUCCAAAAGACUCUAAAGGAAAACUCCGAUGCCGUAGGGUGUGUUUCAUUCUGGUGGUCUGUUUUGCAACCUUGAUAACACAGAAUGUCCUGGGCUGUUGUAAGUGUUGUAGAGACGUGGGCUGCGGCCAGCCAUCCCCUCUGAGCUGUAACAUGGUACAACACAGGCCGCUUACGCUCCCUCUCGUCAGGAACCUGUGGACUGACUGCAGCGGGUGGAUAUCCCAUCUCGUCCACCUGAAAGGCGUGGCUCCAGAUCCUUUAGAAAGCCCGGUACGGGGGCGAGAGGUUAGAGGGUGGCGCUUGAACCAGAGUGACGCCAUUCCUCAACCUGAAUCGUGGCCACAGCAUGGGAAGUUCCCCUACUGGCUUUCCAGAGCAAGACUGUGGCUGCCAUCUUUCCCCUCCUUGUGUUUGAAGAAAAUAACAGUGUUGGUCAUCCCACAAGCACCCAGCUCAGCACCCCACACCAAAAAAUAGAUUCAUCAGACUAGAGACCCCCAACUCCCCUCUCAUCAUCUUCCUUCUCAAGUUGACCCUGGUGCUUUCUGGAAAGCGUCUGCACCUCCAGGUUUGUGCGGAAUGAAGCUCAAAGGUUUGAGUUCACUGCAGCAUGACCACCACAUCCCAGUCUCCCAAGUCCAGCCUCCUGUCUUCUAACACAUGACCUUCUUGAGAACAAAGACUCAGCACCCCAACUCAGAGAAGCCCUCCCUCCAGCGUCUUUAUCAUCUUGGUUUUUAGGGGGAGAGCUCCCAAUCUGGAUGGACCAGCCACCAUAUUGUGUCACCAACAGAGCAACACCCCUGUCCUAGCUGUGUAACUAGGGCCUCAGUCUCCCCAUCUGUAAAAUGGGGGUAUCACAGCAGCCAUAUCAGCUCCAUCCAGAAUGACAAUGAAAAGGUGGUCGUCAUGCUGCCGACCCAGUACCAGAGGGAGAGAUGGCUGACAGGGAUUUCAAGGAUGCAACAAAUAUCUUGAAACCCAGGCCGAAAAAUUCCAGUGAACAGAAGGGAUCAGUUGAGCGCCGUUCAGAAAUCUCAACUCUCAUGCACCCAGCCCAGGCUGCAGUCUCCACACCAGUCAUAAAGAACAACACAGACCCUGCUGGAAAACCUCCUUUUCCAUACACCCAGGCUAUGCAUUGAAGAGUUUUCCACUGUAUACAUUUUUAUCCAGAUGAAGGUAUUUUUAUAUUUUGACAAUAGGAAACAGUGACCAAUUUUCAGAGUAAUCAAAUCUGGAACAAAUGAAAACAUCUCCUUUUAGCCACCAUCACCCUGUCCCAACUAAGGCAAUCAUGGGAGACACACCACUUUUUACUGUUGAAAGCCACACAACACUGAAAUCCAGGCUUACAUGCAGACUGCAGUUCUUAAAGGACUAAAUCUGGCUUUUGUGUGACGGGAUUUGAUUAAGCACUUAGCAUAUAGUCUUUUGAACAUGGAAAAUCCUGUUAUACUUAAAGCUAGCAGAGCUGUGAACAACUUUGUCAGGUUCAUGUCCUGUAACGGUAAACAGAACAAAAACCCACAAAACCGUUUCUAUGAGAGAUUGAUGAACUUUGUUUAAAUUAAAAAGAAAAAAAGGAACACGUUCUGUAAUAAACGCGUCGCUCAAUACAGAAUUGUAUAAUAAUGUCUGGGUGUCCUGUUUCCUUUGUUCCGGAGUUGGGCUGCAGAUUGGGGAUCAGAUCUCCCCUUGGGUGUUUUACAAAAUGGUGUUUUUAAAAUUCGUUUGCCACCACUAAAAUAUGGGGGCUUGUCAGGUAAAAACCAUGAUUUUUUUUGUAUUUAUAUGUUCUUUUUUAAAUUUUCAUUUAAUACUGGAAUAUAGUUGAUUAACAAUGUUGUGUUAUUUUUAGGUGUACAGCAAAGUCAGUUACACAUGUGUCUAUCCUUUUUCAAAUUUUUUUCCCACUUAGGUUAUUAUGGAGUAUUGAGCAAAGUUCCCCAUGCUAUUCAGUAGGUUCUUGUUGGUUAUCUUUUUUAAAUAUAGCAGUGUGUACACUCAGUCCCAAACUCCCAGUCUAUCUCUCCCCGCUCCCUUCCCCUCUGGUAAUCAUAAGUUCAUUGUCUAAGUCUGUAUGUCUCUGUUUUGUAAAUAAGUUCAAUUAUAUCAUUUUUUUAGAUUCUGCAUAUAAGUGAUAUCAUACAUGUCUUUCUCUGGCUUGCUUCAUUUAGCAUAAUAAUCUCUAGGUCUAUGCAUGUUGCUGCAAAUGGCAUUAUUUCAUUCCUAUUUAUGGAUGAGUAAUAUUUCAUUGUAUAUAUGUACCACAUUUUCUUUAUCUAUUCAUUUGUUGGCCAUUUAGGUUGUUUCCAUGUCUUGGCUUUUGUAAACAGCAUUGCAACAACCAUUGGAGUGCUUGUAUCCAUUUGAACCAUGUUUUUCUCUGGAUAUAUGCCCAGGAGUGGGAUUGCUGGAUCAUGUGGUAGCUCUGUUUUUAGUUUCUUAAGGAAUCUCCAUACUGUUCUCCAUAGUGGCUGUACCAAUUUACAUUCCCACCAACAGUAUAGGAAGGUUCCCUUUUCUCCACACUCUCUCUAGCAUUUAUUGUUUGUAGACUUUUUGAUGAUGGCCAUUCUGACUGGUGUGAGGUGAUAUCUCAUUGUAGUUUUGAUUUGCAUUUUCCUAAUAAUUAGUGACAUUGAGCAUCUUUUCAUGUGCCUGUUGGCCAUCUGUAUGUCUUCCUUGGAGAAACAACUACUUAGGUCUUCUGCCCUUAGGUUUUUUUAUUGGGUUGUUUGUUUUUCUGAUACUGAACUGUAUAAGCUGUUUGUAAAUUUUGGAAAUUAAUCCCUUGUUGGUAGUCGUUUGCAGAUAUUUCCUCCUGUUCUGUGGGUUGUCUUUUCGUUUUGUUUAUGGUUUCCUUUGCUAUGCAAAAGCUUUUGAGUUUAAUUAGGUCCCAUUUGUUUAUUUUUUUUUUUUUAUUUCCAUUACUCUAAGAGACAUUCAAAAAAGAUAUUGCUGUAAUUUAUGUCAGAGUGUUCUGCCUAUGUCUUCUCUUAAGAGUUUUAUAGUAUCUGGUCUUAGACUUAGGUCUUUAAUCCAUUUUGAGUUUAUUUUUGCGUAUAGUGUUAAAAAAUGUUCUACUUUCAUUAAAACUUGCGGUUACUGGGUUCCAACAUGACAACAGCCAGUUGAGGAGUGGCCGCCCCUGUUAGGACACAUGAGCACAGUUUGCCUGUCUAUACCUGUGCCAGCUGCCUGGAUCCUGUGGAUAUCUCGGCUGGCGACUGUGCUGUGGGCUCCAACAGAGGAAGACGGAAGGAUUGGAAUCCACUUUCCACUCAUUGCAACAGGUGGAAGCUGGUUAGAUGCUGGGUCUAGAUCUGAGGAGCCAAGACUGUGCCCUGCCCCAGUUGGAGGCCACAGGCCAUGGCCCUGAGACCAGUGUACCAGCUGUGCCCACCUCAGUGGAGGGUGUGAGUGGCAGGUGCCUCCAGCUUCCUGAUGAAAAAAUGCCACAAGGGGCUCCCUGGUCACCAACACAGCAUCGCCUGUGUCCUAGCUGUAUAACUAGGGCUUCAGUCUCCUCAUCUGUAAAACGGGGGUAUCACAGUAGCCAACUCAAAAGGUCAUUAUCAGAAAUAAUGAUGCCUGUAAAGCAUAUA